UCAAAUUUGUUAGAGUAGCAGGCACAUUGAAAAAGCGUAUAAUUUUUGUAUUUAAUUCGUUUUAUUGUUAUUUUUGCAUUAUUUUAAUUGAACGACUUGCUGCAAUUUAAGUGCUGCUUCCACAAUGGAGCUACAUAUGUGAAGAAGCUGUUAAGUUCUAUGGAAUACGUUUGCAUACAAAAGAGGACAACCAAAAGUUGACAGAUUUAGCUGUUGAGAAGUAUGUGUAGAAAUGAAGAGAGACGGUAGCAACCGUGGCUCGGAGCGGAGCUCAGACAGGGCCGGGGACAAGGACAGCGACCCGCUGAUUGUCUCGUCCACUAUCUCUGAGGAGCCUAAGCCAGUAAGAAACAUUGAUUGGCAGUUGUGCGGACUGUGCCCGAUGUUCCCGUCCUGCAUGUCGCUCCUGUCGCGGCGCGCAGAGCAGCAGGCUCCGCGGCCAGGACAGACCGCCGUCGUGCUCAAUGUCUACGAUAUGUAUUGGACCAACUGGUACACGGCCGGAGCGGGGGUGGGCGUAUUCCACAGCGGAGUCCAAGUGCACGGCUCAGAAUGGGCGUAUGGCGGACAUCCGUAUGCCUUCACGGGCGUAUUCGAGAUCUCACCACGAGACGAGAGAGAGCUAGGCGAGCAGUUCCGGUUCCGGCAAAGUGUACACAUAGGAUAUACAAGCUUCAGCGAAGAAGAAGUCAGACGACUGGUGGCGGAACUAGGGAAACAAUUUCGAGGUGACAGAUACCACCUUAUGAACAACAAUUGUAAUCAUUUCACAUCGGCAUUCUGUUUGGCGCUUUGCGACAAACCGAUACCGGCUUGGGUGAACAGACUGGCGUAUGUGAGCUCGUGCGUUCCUUUCCUACAGCGGUGUCUGCCCAAAGAAUGGCUGACGCCGGCCGCCCUUCAGCAGUCGCUGGCCGCGCAUUCGCGUUCCUCCUCCCCUAACACGCCGCAAUAGCACAUGCCGUGGUGCGCGGCUAACGCGGAACGGGGCUAACCCUACGCGUUGUCAAAGGCAUCCUGUUAACUCAUCUCAUGUUGUUAGUAUUAGAUUUAUACGAGUAUACAGUACAGUCUAAGGUAAGAUGGGAUAAGACCGACUAUGGGUCAACCAACGUGCAGAACCGGGCUAGCCACUGUUCUCAUCUCAUGUUGUUAGUACUAGAUUUAUACGAGUAUACAGUACAGUCUAAGGUAAGAUGGGGUAAGACCGACUCUGAGACAAGACCAACGCAGAGCGGGGCUAGCCACUGUGAACUCAUCUCAUGUUGUUAGUGCUAGAUUUAUACGAGUAUACUGUAGUACAUUCAGACCCAGGUGGCAGCCAUUUCAGCCAACUCGAAACAAGAGUACAUUAUGAACAUUGGGUUGGCAACUAACAAAGGCUUGUAUAGAUGGCGCUAUAGUAACUAGCCCCUGUCUCGAGUUCUUAUCUAUGACAUUUCGCUUAAAAGGUUGGAAUCCAGGGAAAAAAAACGAGCUAUGAUAGCGCCAUCUGUAAAAUAGUUUCAAAAUAAGCGUGUGCCAAAUUAGGGCACCUCUUGAAAAUUUCGACUAAUAUUCGUCAUAAAAAUAGGGCGGGCCGCGCGAUAAAUAUGUUAACGAUGUACGAAAAAAGAGAUUUACUACAGAUAUUAUUUUGGAUUAGAAAUAACUCCGCAUAAGAAAUAGAUUCGCAUAGUACAUCGACUUACAAUAACAAGUACUAUUAAUACCAAUAAAAAUACUUUUAUCUGUAGUGUCAUAAGAAAAUGUGAGAUAUUUUUCGGCAUUCUGAAGAACAUAUUUGGGUGAAUCAACUUUUUCUUGCCUGUUAUUGCCUUGGUUACGGUCUCCUGAGUCA